CAGUUUUUCCCAAGAUCGAAUCCUCAUUGAACAGGAGUGCAACUAAGAAGAAAAAAAAAAUGUCUCGUGUUGGGACCUCUCUCUCAAUUUCAUUCUUCUUGCUAGCAUUAGUCUUUGUGGCUGAGGUCUCCGGGAGCAAGAACGUAAGACCAUAUCGACCGGCUGGUGCAGAAGGAUCUGUCCCCAUGGAAGAAUGCCCAGCAAAAUGCGACAUCCGCUGCUCAGCUACGUCACACAAGAAGCCGUGCAAUUUCUUCUGCAACUACUGCUGCAAGAGGUGCCUGUGUGUCCCGUCCGGCACGAUCGCCAACAAGGAAGAAUGCCCGUGCUACAACAACCUGAAGACCAACGAAGGCAAGCCCAAGUGCCCUUAAGUGAAAAUCUGCUUGCAGCCAUGCACACAUGUACCAUCCAAUGUACGAUCGCCUCCAUAUUUGCAAUCAUUUUAGUU